UGUCGUCGGAGACAUCGUAAUGUUUAUUAUAUCUUCUCUUUAUCUCUCACUCGCUUUCUUUCAUCUUGUUGAUAUGUCUUUAUCUUUUUCUUCUCCUGUUAAAGCAUGGCUUCUGGAACCUAGAUGAAGAUCGAAAGGCUCUACGAGUUCUCCAGCCGGAUUUGGUGCUCUUCACAGGCAGCUUCUCUGUUACUGACGUCAAAUUGAUUUCCUUUUUUUUUUGAAUUUCUCCAUUUCUCUUCACACUACCUCUAAUGAUUUUGAUUAAAGUUAGAACAUUUGAAUCCAAUUCCAAAUUCUGUCAGGUGAUUUUGGUGAAGAAAACGUCCCACUGGUUCAAAGUGUUGCCGCUCUUACUUUCCCUAAAGCAGUCAUAUUGGGGAAUCAUGAUGCCUGGUUCACCCAAGAUUUUCCAAGGAAAGAAAAACAAAAACAAAACGGUGUUCAAAUGCAACUCGAUAUCCUUGGUGACGAGCACAUAGGAUAUCAACGCAUGGACUUCCCAUCUUUUAAGCUCAGUAUUGUUGGUGGUCGACCCUUUUCACAUGGUGGGGAUCGAUUGUUUCGGAAAAAUCUGCUUGUCCAGAGGUAUGGAGUUCAUGAUAUGGAAGCCAGUGCUGGGAGUAUUUGUCGAGCUGCACAUGGAACACCGGAAGAUCACGUGGCUAUAAUUCUCGCUCACAAUGGGCCAACAGGUCUUGGUUGGCAAGCAGAGGAUAUAUGUGGAAAAGACUGGGGGGCUGAAGGCGGUGACCAUGGUGAUCCAGAUCUAGAGCAGGCGAUACGACAGUUGAAGGAGACGACUAAGUUGUCGAUUCCUUUAGUUGUGUUUGGGCACAUGCAUAAGGAGCUGCAACGGGGGAAAGGAAAUCGGAAAAUGGUAGUGCAAGAUAGUGACAACCAGACUGUGUAUGUGAACGGUGCAAUAGUUCCAAGGGUUAAAGAGGCAAAGAAAAGAGGAGCAGCAGAGUCUGAGAGUGGUGGCACAACAAGAGCUUUCACAUUGGUGGAGAUUUUAGAUGGGAAAAUCAAGAAAAUAGCAGAAAUUUGGGUACAUGUAAAUGGAAGUAUGGCUAAGAUUGUGGAGGAAAAUACUUUGUUUGAAGAUGUAACCUGAUUUGAAAUUUAAACAAUUAAUUCGGGACAAGACUGUAAUAACUAAUUAUACAUUUGUCUUGGCGAACAAGUCCCUUUUAG